ACGAGGGGAGCACCUUAAAGGAGCCUAAGCAGAAGAGGAACCUGAACAGGAAACCAAAACUUAACCUAAAUACCGCCAUUGCCUUAACUCUUGGAGGAAACAAUAAACAGAACGCAACUACUAGUCAACGAAUUUAGCCUCAAAGGUGCAUCGCCUCAGUCCCAAGAUAAAUAUUUUACGAACAAAGAACACCAAAUAAAACGAAACCAAUGACCACACGCCUGGCUCCGCAGCGCCAGUUCAUCAUCUCGACGCGCUCUGCUAUUGUGGAUGCAGCCUCACCGCCGGUGGAUGCUGUGGAGGAGCAGCAGCAGCAGCAGCAGCUGACCGUGGAGGUGGAGAGCGCCACCACGGGCACCAAUACCGGAGCCGCUAGCACCACAAAUAGCGACACCUCGACACCGCAUACCGAGGAGUUUGAGUUCUGCACAGAGGAUGGAGUUGUUGUGUCCGCCACUCUGGAGGAUGUCAUGACACAGGUAAAAUAUCUCCCACUCUUGCAGAACUGCCAGCUCUUGCAGAAGAAACUAGUGGACGACGAUUCCACGGGUGCGGUUACCACGGACGACGGCCAGUUGGAAGUGAUUCGCGUCGUCCUGCCCAUGGAUGCCAGCGACUCGAGUAAUGAGGCCCACAUCCAUGGGCAUGUGGUGAAUAGCAGCAGCGACGGUGGCACUAUUGGAACGAUCACAACCACAGAGCCCAACGGCAACACCGUGACCCAUUCGAUACCCAUCCAUAGCAUGGCUGAUCUUACGGCCAUCAAGGAUGGCGUGGAUCUGGCCCAGCAGGUGGCCAAUGGACAAGUGACUGUGGUGCAGGCCACCGAAGAUGACGAUGGAACGCCGUUUAUUACUGUGACGGUUUCCGGACAGGAGCAAAACUACCAAGUGCAAUAUGUGGACUCGGAGCUGUACCACAGCAAUUCCAGCCAGACACAAAUGACGUAUCCAUUCUGCCCGGUGGGGGAUUACCAGGGCAACGGCCAGACAGCGUAUUACUCGACCACGGGUCAGUAUGGAGCCACCUCCUCGGCGGGCGGUUCCUCGAAUGGGGCCCAUUCCACGACGCUGCCGUAUCUGGUGCCGGUAGAGGAGGGCCUGCUGCUCAAUGGCUCCGCACACUCGCUGUCCCAGGCACAGUCCCAGUCGCAGUCACAGUCACAGUCACAGUCGCAUGGACGCGAUUCGCCGCACAGCCUGACGGUGAGUAGUCGGGAGUGGGGGGAGCGGGAUGAUGAUGGGGAGGCAGAGCGGUUGAACGUGAACGGAACUAAUCGCCACUGGGUGCAGGAGGUCGCGUACAUCCAGGAGGCGCAGAGCACGCCCCAGACGCCCACCUCGACGACCACAACGCAUUCGGCGAGCGGCGGCAGCCUGGGGACCGGUGGCGGAGGCGCCUCCCCGGACUCGGAGCAGAGUGCGCUCGGCAGUAGCAACAAGAUUGCCUCGGCAACGAUCAAGUGGCUGUCGCGCAACUACGAGACGGCGGACGGGGUGAGCCUGCCCAGGAGCACGCUGUACAACCACUACAUGCAGCACUGCAGCGAACAGAAGCUGGAGCCCGUGAAUGCAGCCAGUUUCGGCAAGCUGAUACGCUCCGUGUUCUCCGGCCUGCGCACACGUCGCCUGGGCACACGCGGCAACUCCAAGUACCAUUACUAUGGCAUCCGCAUCAAGCCCGGCUCGCUGCUGAAUCAUCAAGCGAUGGACGACAAACAGAUGCUGGGCUCCGGCUAUGGACCAUCAUCCGGUGGAUCCAGCGGCACCGUCUCCAGUGGCGGCGCUUUGGUCAGCGUCAGCAGCAGCACCGCCGGCCAAAUGGGUGCCAAUGGUCUCGGCGGUGGCCAGGGACAGCGGCACAACGGCACCAAGAAGCACACUUUUAAGCCGGAGACCUAUGAGGCUUGCAUACAGUACAUUGGCGAUGGAAGCAGUGCCCUGCCCUCGUUUCCGGCCAUCGAGCUAAGCCAUAGCUUCAAUAGCGAACUAACGCUGGAGGAUGUGGAUACAUUCCGGGCCUUGUAUCGCGAGCAUUGCGAGUCCUUCCUGGACGCUGUUCUAAACCUGGAAUUUGGCACCGUGGAGUUCCUGCUGCGCGACUUUUGGCGGGCGAGCGACAACAACAACCUGGAUGAGUGCGAGGAGGAGAAGUACUUGAGCAAGACGAAGCUGUAUCUGUUGUGCCACUGCGCAGAAGUGCAGAAAUUUGUGCGAGAGGUUGACUAUCAAUUCUAUCAAAACACCGUCGACGUCAUCAUUCCGGAUGUGCUGCGCUCCAUACCCAACGCCUUGACCCAGGCCAUCCGCAACUUUGCCAAGAAUCUGGAGAUCUGGCUAUGCGAGAGCAUGAUGGGCGUGCCGGAGCAGUUGGCCCAGAUCAAGACCAGUGCCGUCUCGGCCUUUUGCCAAACGCUGCGCCGCUACACCUCGCUGAAUCACCUGGCGCAGGCCGCUCGAGCAGUGCUCCAGAAUGGUGCCCAAAUCUCUCAGAUGCUAAGCGAUCUCAACCGAGUGGAUUUUCAUAAUGUUCAGGAGCAAGCUGCCUGGGUGAGUCAGUGUGCUCCCGCUGUGGUGCAGCGCCUGGAGAACGACUUCAAGGCCGCCCUUCAGCAGCAGAGCUCGCUGGAACAGUGGGCCAGCUGGCUUCAGCUGGUGGUUGAGUCCGCCAUGGAGGAGUACAAUGGGAAGCCGAGCUAUGCCAGAGCCGCCCGACAGUUUCUGCUCAAAUGGAGCUUCUACAGCUCAAUGAUUAUUCGGGACCUGACACUCCGCUCCGCUUCCAGCUUCGGUAGUUUCCACCUCAUCCGCCUGCUGUUCGAUGAGUACAUGUUCUACCUGGUGGAGCACAAGAUCGCCGAGGCACAGCACAAGACUGCCAUUGCCGUCAUCUGUGAGCGGAUGAAAAAGGAUAUGGACUUUGAGUUCGAGUGCCAGUUCGCCUACAUAACCAGCGACACGGAGCAACAGACGACACCCAGCUCGGCCAGCAGUGGCGGCGACGUGGGCAACGAGGCCAAGCGACUGAAGCAGGAAUGAGGCGCCGCCAAGUGGAGAAAGAUCUUUAGUUUUCGUGUACCAACUAAUCGUUGUCACCAGCUCAUUCAGCUCUGCAUUUAGUAGUCGAAGCGUGUUGUAUAUCCGUAACCGUAGCCGUAUCCUUAUCCAUAUCCGUGUGUUAGUUUUGUAGCCCUAAGUCAUUCCCCGUAAACCGAGCAUAGUCAGUCGAAAUUUUAGUGGUUAGUUUUAAGGCAGACUCCGGAGACUCGAAAAGGCAGUAGAAGCUCUCAGUGGAUGCAUGGGAUUUUUGUGAUUUUUCACUUGUUUAUAUCAAUUUUUUAAAGUUAAAAUGAAUCUCUAAAAAUGUAUACAACUUUUUACAUGUUCUUUGAAACCGUUUUCUUUAAAGCAUCCAUAGAUUUGAUUGAUCAUUUUAAUUUAUAGAUUCCUUUAAUGGUUUAUUUUCUUACUCUUCCCUGUUAAAGAGAGCUUUUUCGAAGCCUUUUACGAGUAAAGGACUGCCCCCGCAUCGAAGUGAAGAGCCGUCCAGCAAGCAGCAGGCAAGGGAAAGAAAGCCAGCACUCCUGGCCCAUGUCUGCCCUGAUCUGUAUUCGUAGGAUAUACGUUUUAGUUUCUAAGUCAAUGUGCAUUAGUAAUUGUAAUUAAUACCUAACUGGCAGGUGUCUAUUCUACGGUAACGAUAACGAUACAUUCAUCAGUUUUGUCUGGUUUCAACAAACACGAUCUUGUAUUUCAUAAAGCGCACGGCGCACACACAACACA